UUUAAACAUGAUUUUAUUUAUGCUUUAAUUGUCUUAUUAUUUACUAUGUCACAUGGCUAUUGUAAUUCAAUUAAUAUGAUGUAUGCACCAAGACGUGUUCAUGCUCAAUUAAGUAGUACUGUUGGAGCACUUAUGCUUAUGGCAUUGACAUCUGGUAUAUUCGUUGGUUCAGUGUUAUCUUAUGGUGUUGUGGCUUUGUAUGGCGAUGAUAAAGCACCAAAUAAUCUAUUUUUCCAAUAA